AUGGCUGAUGCGAGCGAUCACCCCGAUGUGACCCCGCAACCGCAACAAGCAAAUUUACCUCCACCUCCAGCUCCGGCAGAUGUACCACUACGGGUGGAUGACUUCGACGAUAACGACUCGUCGUACGGCGGCGACAGCGAUGCUGCCUCGGAAACAACGUCGCUGUACUCUGCGAUCACAAAACAUGUGUACGAGAAUGGGCGACGGUACCACAGCUAUCGCGCUGGCACGUACUGGGGUCCAAACGACGAUACAGCCCAAGAAAACCUCGAUCUCUUUCACCACAUUUUCAACCUUUCUCUAGAUGGAAAGCUCUUCCUCGCUCCUAUAGGAGACCACCCACAGCGGAUCCUUGAUCUCGGAACUGGCACUGGGAUCUGGGCAAUCGAUGUAGCGGACCUAUAUCCCUCGGCGUCAGUCGUAGCGACAGACCUCUCGCCCAUUCAACCAACCGAUGUCCCCCCAAAUCUCGAGUUCCAGAUAGACGAUUUCACACUGCCUUGGACGUUCUCGAAAAACACAUUUGAUUUCAUACAUGCGCGCUGUAUAUACGGCUCUGUAGCCAACUAUCCCGCACUAUAUUCCUCUAUACUUGACCACUUGAAACCUGGGGGCUGGUUUGAACAGGCGGAGAUUUCGGUGAUACCCAAGUCGGAAGAUGAUUCCAUCAAAGGAACGUCGCUGGAGAGUUGGGGACCGCUGGCGUGGGAAUGUGGCGAGAAGUUUGGGAAGAGCUUCAAGAUUGCGGAGGAAAGUAAAGAUCUCAUGGAGAAUGCUGGAUUUGUAAACGUGCAGAGGAAAACGUUCAAGUGGCCAAUUGGACCGUGGACUGCGAAUAGGAAAAUGAAGGAGAUUGGGGCUUAUAAUAGGUUGGGUUGGGAUGAGGGGAUUAAUGGAUGGGCGAUGUUCUUGAUGACGAAAUUCCUUGGGUGGAGGAAUGAAGAGGUCGAGGUGCUGUGUGCGCAUAUAAGGAGAGAUUUGAGGAACAAAAAUAUCCAUGCAUAUCAAGAUGUAACUGUCUGUUGGGGCCAAAAGCCAGGUGGAGUUUCUGGGGUGGUGACAGAAUAA